AUUGGUGUAUUCUUGGGGCCAUCAAAAAUCAGAAGCAGCUCUGACUUCCUAUUUCCUGCUACCCAGCUGGUUACAGUUCCUUUACCCCUCCUCCUGUUCCUUGGUGUAUGUUUUGCUGUGAUCAUUAGAGCCUGAGUCACUCUCCCCAGGAGACCCAGACCUAGAACUACCCAGAGCAAGACCACAGCUGGUGGACGGUCCAGGAGCAGACAAGAUGGAGACAAAUUCCUCUCUCCCCACGAACAUCUCUGGAGGGACACCUGCUGUAUCCGCUGGCUAUCUCUUCCUGGAUAUCAUCACUUAUCUGGUAUAUGCAGUCACCUUUGUCCUCGGGGUCCUGGGCAACGGGCUUGUGAUCUGGGUGGCUGGAUUCCGGAUGACACACACAGUCACCACCAUCAGUUACCUGAACCUGGCCGUGGCUGACUUCUGUUUCACCUCCACUUUGCCAUUCUUCAUGGUCAGGAAGGCCAUGGGAGGACAUUGGCCUUUCGGUUGGUUCCUGUGCAAAUUCAUCUUUACCAUAGUGGAUAUCAACUUGUUUGGAAGUGUCUUCCUGAUCGCCCUCAUUGCUUUGGACCGCUGUGUUUGUGUCCUGCAUCCAGUCUGGACCCAGAACCACCGCACCGUGAGCCUGGCCAAGAAGGUGAUCAUCGGGCCCUGGGUGAUGGCUCUGCUCCUCACAUUGCCAGUUAUCAUUCGUGUGACUACAGUACCUGGUAAAAUGGGGCCAGGGACAGUAUCCUGCACUUUUAACUUUUCACCCUGGACCAACGACCCUAAAGAGAGGAUGAAGGUGGCCAUUGCCAUGUUGACGGUGAGAGGCAUCAUCCGGUUCAUCAUUGGCUUCAGCGCACCCAUGUCCAUCGUCGCUGUCAGUUAUGGGCUUAUUGCCACCAAGAUCCACAAGCAAGGCUUGAUUAAGUCCAGUCGUCCCUUACGGGUCCUCUCCUUUGUCGCAGCUGCCUUUUUUCUCUGCUGGUCCCCAUAUCAGGUGGUGGCCUUUAUAGCCACAGUCAGAAUCCGUGAGUUAUUGCAAGGCAUGUACAAAGAAAUUAGCAUUGCAGUGGAUGUGACAAGUGCCCUGGCCUUCUUCAACAGCUGCCUCAACCCGAUGCUCUAUGUCUUCAUGGGCCAGGACUUCCGGGAGAGGCUGAUCCACUCCCUUCCCGCCAGUCUGGAGAGGGCCCUGACCGAGGACUCAACCCAAACCAGUGACACAGCUACCAAUUCUACUUUACCUUCUGCAGAGGUGGAGUUACAGGCGAAGUGAAGCGGGAGCUGGGGGACACUUUCGAGCUCCCAGCUCCAGCUUCGUCUCACCUUGAGUUAGGCUGAGCCACAGGCAUUUCCUGCUUAUUUUAGGAUUACCCACUCAUCAGAAAAAAAAAAGCCUCUAUGUCCCCUGAUUUGAGGAGAAUAAACAGAUAUGAGUUUA